GUCGUGCAUUGCACGACUCUGAAGACGCCCACGAGCCGAUCAGUCAUCGUUAACAAGCGCUACUGAGAUACGACGCCCACGAGCCGAUCAGUCGUCGUUAACAAGCGCUACUGAGAUACGACGCCCACGAGCCGAUCAGUCAUCGUUAACAAGCGCGCACGCGCAGUCACACACAGACUGUUAUCCUCGAAACAGGUACUAGAUAUUGACUUAUAUAUCUUCUAACGUUCUUUCGUUAAACCCCACCAAGAAAAGUAGCCUUCGCACUCAGACACAGAGAGAGAGAGAGAGAGAGAGAGAGAGAGAUGGCGAAGUCGACAGGUGGAUAUGGAGGAUGGCGAGGGAGUACGAUAACGGCAGCUGUGAGUUUUACGGUUCUCUUAGUGAUCGUAGGAGUAAUCGGAGUUAUCUCGGUUGACUCGUCAAGUGGACGAUCGCUGCUCGGGCGUGUAACGUCAAUGACAGCCGUCAGGACGAGCGAUGGAUACGCUUAUGGUGAGGACGAUGCAGCUGAUGGAGUGGAAGAGGGAGCACGCCGCCGGCUUGCAAUGGAGUCGUCUUCGCCCCCUUCGUCGGCAGGAGGAGGAAGACGGGCACGUGCACCGACCACCAACCAUACUACGGCCAAUAGUACAUCUAACGGAUCCUCAGGAGGAGGAGGAGGAGGAGGAGGAGGAGGAGAACAAGCACCACCGGGUACCAACAGUUCUACCGGUAAUAGUACAUCUAGCGGAUCCUCAGGAGGAGGAGGAGGAGGAGAACAAGCACCACGGGGCACCAACAGUUCUACCGGUGGUAGUACAUCUAGCGGAUCCUCAGGAGGAGGAGGAGGAGGAGGAGGAGAACAAGCACCACGGGGCACCAACAGAGGAGGAGGAGGAGGAGGAGGAGGAGAACAAGCACCACGGGGCACCAACAGUUCUACCGGUAGUAGUACGUCUAGCGGAUCCUCAGGAGGAGGAGGAGGAGGAGGAGGAGGCGGAGUCGAACAAGCACCACGGGGCAGCAGCAACAAUGCUACCGGUGAUGGUUCAUCCGCGGGAUCCUCAGGAGGAGGACCACGAGGAGGCGCACCUGGCGGAGCAGGACAAGGCUAUAAUGCGAAGGAUCACUGGAGUAUUGUGAAGACGAGAGGAACUCAGUUUGUAACUGGUGAUGGCCUUCGGUUCUACGUUUGUGGAUGGAAUGAGAAGUAUUUGUUGUACAGCGGCGCGACUUCUGCCGGCCAAGCUCAUGUCACGACUCAAUAUAGUCAGGCUUUGUCGUUAGGGUUGAACAUUGUUAGAAUGGUCGUUGCCAUUUUUAGCACAGAGAAUCCUGUGCAGUCGGGACCUAAUACCUUCAACGAAGAGACGCUUAAGGGCCUCGAUUGGGUGCUGAAGGAGGCCUCUGAUAGGGGCAUUCGUGUGCUUGUGUGUUUCGGUAGUAAUUGGGACAUCAAGGCGACUUAUUUAGAAUGGUUGAAGCCGGGUCUUGACAAAGACGGCGAUCAGAACCUCUAUGAUGACUUUUAUAGGACCCCUGAGACGAGAAGCUGGUACAAAUCGUUGAUUAGGAAGAUCAUAACUAGGAACAACACCCUUACGGGGGUAACUUACAGCGCCGAUCCUACGAUCUUCGCCUGGGAGUUGAUGAACGAGGCACGAUGCGGAAGCGAUCCCAGCGGCCGCACUUUGCUGGGCUGGUAUCAGGAGAUGGCGGCGUACAUUAAGACUUUAGACAGCGCGCAUAUGGUCUCGACAGGUAGUGACGCUUUUUACGGUCCUCAGAGUCCUGAUAGACUCUGGAUUAAUCCUGACAAAGGAUGGCCAGCAGAGCAAGGAAGCGAUUACAUCGCUGAGAAUCAGAUUGCUGACAUUGAUUUCGCUGCUGCUCACAUUUAUCCGCAGAUGUGGAUGGGCAGAACGGUCGAACAACGAUUCGAGUUCUUUCCUAGAUGGGUAAGGGGUCACAUCGACGACGCCAAAUCGAAAAUAAGGAAGCCGAUGGUGUUUGAAGAGUUUGGGUGGCAGGGGAAUGUGCCCCUGAGGACGAAAAUGUACGAGUCCGUGUAUAAUUAUACGUACAGUGCUACCGCUGAUGAAGACCAUAGCUGUGGUGCGAUGUUUUGGAUGCUAGGGAAAGAAAGGAACGAUCCAUCGGAUUGGAAUGUAGAUUACGAUCGCCAUCCCGAUACCGUUCGGGUUAUCCGAGAAAGCUGCGCGAAAUACAACAGGCUCCCCCGUUGAGAGAAGUAAAACGCCUGCCUCAGCCGUCCUCACUCCUUCCCUCCCUCUCGCUCGCUUAGUUGUUUUAUUUCUUUCUCUCUCUCUCUCUCUCUCCGUGUGCGUGCAUGCAUGCAUACGCGGGUAGGCUCUCGCGAGCGCACACACGCACAGAGAGAGAGAGAGAGAGAGAGGCUCAUGGCAGCCAGUUCGUUUGUGUCGAGAGAAGUAAAUGCCUGCCUCAGCC